CUGUGGCCGCCGCCGCCGCCAUUGUGCGGCGCUGGUUCCCCAUAAAGGGUGCCGGCUUCGGCGUGUACUUUGGGCUCUCGCCCUCGCUUCUCGCCUUGCUGUCCGGGGAGCCCGGCGGGUCCGGGCCUCCCGUUCGUGCCGGUGCGGGCGCCGGCAUGUGGCUGUGGGAGGAACAGGGGGGCCUCCUGGGCCCCUUCUCGUUCCUCCUGCUGCUGCAGCUGCUGGUGACGCGCAGCCCCUUCAAUGCCUGCCUCUUCACGGGCAGCCUCUACCUCCUGCUGCGUGUCUUCAGUUUUGAGCCUGUGCCCUCUCGCAGGGCCCUGCAAGUGCUCAAGCCCCGGGACCGCGUUUCCGCCAUCGCCCACCGCGGCGGCAGCCACGACGCCCCCGAGAACACUCUGGCGGCUAUUCGGCAGGCAGCUAAGAAUGGGGCAACAGGUGUGGAACUGGACAUUGAGUUUACUUCUGAUGGGAUUCCCGUCUUAAUGCACGAUAACACAGUAGAUAGGACGACUGAUGGCACUGGUCGGCUGUGUGAUUUGACAUUUGAACAAAUUAGAAGGCUUAAUCCUGCAGCAAAUCACAGAUUAAGGAAUGAUUUUCCUGAUGAAAAGAUCCCUACCCUGAGAGAAGCAGUUGCAGAGUGCCUAACCCAUAAACUCACCAUCUUCUUUGAUGUCAAGGGCCAUGCAAAUAUGGCUACUGAUGCUCUAAAGAAAAUAUAUAUGGAGUUUCCUCAACUAUACAAUAAUAGUAUUGUCUGUUCUUUCUUGCCAGAAGUUAUCUAUAAGAUGAGACAAAUAGAUCAGAACGUAGUAACGGCUUUAACUCACAGACCUUGGAGCCUUAGCCAUACAGGAGAUGGGAAACCGCGCUAUGAUACUUUCUGGAAACACUCCGUGUUUGUGGUACUGGACAUUUUGCUCGAUUGGAGCAUGCAUAAUAUCCUGUGGUACCUGUGUGGAGUUUCAGCUUUCCUCAUGCAAAAGGAUUUUGUAUCCCCGCACUAUGUGAAGAAGUGGUCAGCUAAAGGCAUUCAGGUUGUUGCUUGGACUGUUAAUACCUUUGAUGAAAAAAGUUACUACGAAUCACACCUUGGUUCCAGUUACAUCACCGACAGCAUGUUGGAAGACUGCGCAUCUCAGUUUUAGACUUAUCCCCAGGGAUGAAACAUGGGUAGAGAAACUACCUGCUGGCCUUAUGCAGGGAGAUCCAAAUACCCUUUGUGCUAGCCCAAGCCCCAGGGGAUCAGGUGGCUCUCACAAACAGUAGUCCGUCAUUGCAUUUUCAUCUGAACCAAAGUAAAACCUGGUGUUACCACCAUGCUCCAUGGAAUGCCUGAGUUCAACACUAUUGCUCUUGAAAAUCUGGGUCUGCAAAAAGGCCUCACAGCUUUUAAUGAGAGAGAGACCACAGAUGGUCUCUCUCUGAGCUGAGGCAUACAUGGAGACCCAGGGAGGAUGAGCACAGAUUGAGUUGUGCAGUUUGGGGGUGCACAUGCAAACGCAUGGGAAAUGCAUGAUCACUCAGAGUUGGUAUUUUAAAACUUGACACACUUAUGUAAUUAUUUAAAAUAUUUGUAUUCAGCUGUUAUCAAUGUACUGUAGAUGUCAAACUUGUAACCGUACUAAUGAAAUCAUUAAAAGGA